AUGGCCUCCUCCUCCCCCUCCUCCAAGUAUUUUGUGCCCGAACUCACGCAGGACGACGUUCCUGGCGGCGCCUGCUGCGUGGAUGAGACCACCUUCGCCACGCAGUUUCCCAGCUACCUAGAGAGUUACAUCCGCAGCGUGUGGCCGGCCGUGGAGACGCUUUUGGGACAACACCAGCUGGUCGGCAAGCUGGACCUGAUGGAGGGCUCCAUGACGGUGGCAACCACGCGGAGAACGUGGGAUCCCUACGCCGUUGUGAAGGCCCGAGACUUCAUUCGGCUACUGGCCCGAAACGUGCCUCUCGCACAGGCGCAAAAGAUCUUUCAGACGGAUAUCACUUGUGACAUUAUUCCCAUUUCUAUGAAGGGCAACAGCACGCGUCGCUUCAUCAAGCGUCGCGAUCGUCUCGUCGGCCCAAAGGCGCAGACCCUCAAGGCUUUAGAGAUUCUCACCGGUUGCUAUGUCCUUGUGCAGGGCAAAACCGUGGCGGUGAUGGGACCAGUGAAGGGGUGCCAGCAGGUGCGAAAGAUUGUUGACGACUGCAUGAACAACAUUCAUCCUAUUUACGGCCUUAAGCAGCUUCUUAUCAAACGCGAGCUCGCCAAGCGUGAGGAUUUACGACAUGAAGACUGGAGUCGCUUUGUGCCUGUCUACAAGAAGAGCGUGCAAAACAAGGAGAAGGCAAAGGUGGUGCGAAAGGUCAAGAAGGAGCGCCUGCGGGAGUCUGUGAAGAAGCAGGCGGGUAAGGAGAAGUCCAUCUUUCCGCCUGCCCCUCCCAAGCGUAAGGAGGAUAUUGCGAUGGAGAGUGGUAAGGCCUUCCUUUUGCGCAAGCAGCAGAGGCGGCAGCAGCCGAAGCGCAACGACUACCAAAUUGAAUAA